GGUUAAUCAAAUGUAAAAUAUUGAAUACAAAUUCGAAUUCUUGUCUCUUUAACUGAGAAACUUGACACAAUCUCGCAUUAUGGCCAAUCUUCUUGCAUUUUCUACAAUGUCUAGUCUUUUCAGAUGGAUGUUUAAUGUGUGAACCCAAUCCUCUUAUCUUUGGAAUUUUUUGUCUUUGACAGAAAGUUGUGGUGAGUGAGAGCAUAAUGUUGAUGGUUGAUUUGUGUUCACUCCCUCAUCACCCAUAUGGCCAUGUGUGAUAGGUAAUACGUUCUCGUUGUCCAUGGGUGACUUCUGGUGUGCUCCUACGUCUCUGCAUGGAGCCACUUUAAUAUGAGAAUGUGGGAGACAUUGGACUUAAUUUUGAACUAUGGUGGCACUCUUGAAACCUGUUCUCCUAUGAAGUAUACCAAUGGCUGCGUAGAGAUUAUUAAAAGUGACCCUGAUGUAGUUAGUUAUCCACAUCUGAAAAAGUUUAUAGAAUCUGGACCAUUUGGGGGGUUUGGAAAGCUUAUGUAUAAAUUGCCUCGUGAACCAUUGGAAUGUUUAAGGGAGUUAGUAGAUGAUGCUUCUACAAUGCACUUGGUGAGUCUGUCUUCUACUGAUGGAGUUUGUGAACUGUAUUUGAUGUCACCCUCCACAUCUGUUGUACGUGCUGAUGCUGGUCCUUUAGGUGAAAGGGAAAUAGGCGUUCAAAACUAUGAAGUACAAGUGCAGACCUCUGUUGAUGAUGUAAUCAGACCUACACAUACAAGCAAGUUAAAACCAAGAAGAAAGAAAGCUUCACAAAUUGAGUCUGAUGCUGAAGAAGAUGUUGAGCUGUGUGAUGUGGACAUUCAGACAAGUGAAAUGGAAGAUAGCAUGGAUGAUGAAGUAGAUUUGGGGAACCAAGAUGAUUGUAUGUCUGAUUUAGGGUCUGAGCUUGGGUCACAAUCUGAGAAUGAAGAUGUUAGGGAGCAGAAUAUUGGCUUCUUUGGGGCUGAGGAAGGUAUGGAAAGUAUGGAGAAGAACAAUGCCAACUAUGGAUCUGAGAAUGAUGAAGACAAUGAGGAUAGCAUGAACAUGUAUGAUUCUGAUAAUCCUCCCAGUUAUCAUUCAGAUACCAAUGAUAUGCCUGAAGAUGAAGUGCAAUCCAACCUCGAUGAUUAUCAUCCUUCAUACAAUCCAGAGAUUGAACCCCCUUUGAUUGAGUUGGGGAUGCUGUUUGAGGACAACAUACAGUUUAAGAGUGCAAUGAUUAGGUAUGCAGUGCACCACAAGAAAAACAUUUACUUUAAGAGGAAUGAAUCUAAAAGAGUCCGGGCACUAUGCAUUCAAAAAAACUGUCCCUUCUGCUUCUAUGCAAGCUGGGAAGAUAGUUUCAAAUGCUUCCAAUUGAAAACCAUGAUCACCAAACACAGAUGCAAUUCCAAGUUCAAGCUGAGAGUUGUUAGUCAAAAAUGGAUACAAGAGAAAUAUGAAGAUAAGGUUAGGGAU